AUGUCAGAAGCCGCUUCCCCUCGUAUGAUACCCGUCAAGCGCCGCAAUGGCAAGUUGCAAAGCUGUGAGCCCUGCAGAAAGCGGAAACUUUCAUGCGAUCACAGGCUGCCAUACUGUACGAGAUGCAUCAAAAGGGGAACCUCCAAUCUUUGCUACUAUCAUCCCGCCCCGAUGACAGGCCGAUCUGCUGCAGGCGCAAUUCCAUCGCCUAUACAGUCCAUUGCAACAUCUCCUCCCAACUCCGAAUUGAUGCCACAGCCUGCGCACACUUCCUCUUCAACUACACGCUCCCAAAGCGUUCCUCCCGAUCGCCACUCGAAGAUCUUGAGCGUCCCAUCGGCAGGAAUCCUGUUCGAAUCUUCCGAGAGGGUUCGAUCGGUGGGUUUCCUUGGUGUAACGAGCUCGACUGCCAUUGUAGCGGAACUUAACAGCAGUCUCGGCAUUAACGCACCUGAACUUCCAAACGAACCGCACAUUGGUUGCGUCUCGGAAGCACUUGUACGGCGAGGGGUGCAAGUUCUCUUGUUUUUUGAAGACGAAGCCCGAAUCCGACAAUGCUUGCAGCAUGGCUUUGGACUUGGAGACAAUGAAGGCUUUCUCAUCUAUCGUCCAGUGUAUAUGGCUUGGCUGGAAGGCUUUCUGCCGGUUCUCAAGAAUGCCGUCAGAACCAAGUCACUCGAGGCGUUGUCGGCCAAAAUAUCGAGAAACACACGGAAGCCAGUGAUAUGUAACCGCUCCACAACCGCAUUGGAUUKGGCGCAGGCAACCACGGGAGAGAAUGUGCGUUGGGAAACGCUUGGCUUAAUCCUCUCACUUACUGGAGUGGUCACUGCGUUAUUGCCCACCUGGCAUCAUUCAUUUGGUUCUAAUCCCAAAGAUGCAAGAUCGAAGCUGAGAGCGACUGUCUUUGAUCUGGUCAAUCUAUGCGUCGACUUCAGCAGAGCAUCCGGGAGUCGCGACGAGCUACUGGUUGUGCUUUUAUAUGACCGCUACAUCUAUCACGGUAUCAUACAAGGCGAUACCUCGACCGAGGCGUGGACCAGGUUCUCGGAAGUCUGCGACAUGAUCAUACUGCUGGGUAUACAUCUCGGGUCGAGCGUUGAUGCACAAACACCAUUCUUUUUGUGCGAGCUUCGGAAAAGACUGUUCUCCGUAUGCUUUACCAUGGACAAAUUCUUGGCCACCUUCCUAGGCCGGCCGCCAAAGAUCAGUUACAGAUACUCAGUACUGCAAGAACUAAGCGAUCUCUCCAACGAUGAAUUGUGUCUUGAUGAAGCGGGGAUACAAGUAGCUUUGAACGCACUCGAUAACGGCUGGAAUACUUCUCGUCGUCCAACCCGAACGACAUGGCGCAAGGCGCGCUUUGCCCGAGGCGAGGUCGCUGAAGACAUUUUAGAGAUUGCGAUUGGGUCACGCCACGAAAAUAUGGAACGACGCAUUGAGCAAGUCCAGAAACGAAGACAAGAAAUCCACGACGCCAUGCCAGAGUUUGCAAGAACAGACGCGGAGCUCGUCAUGUCAAAGAUGCAGACUGAUCCAGGGACGUUUCGCUUGCCUGGUUGGGACUGUGGAUGGACCCCAUUGGAUGUGCAAUGCGUGAUAGGCUAUCACUCAGCCGUACGACACCAAGACUUUCUGCUCGAACGAGCCGUCUUCAACAGACACAAGCAGGACUCCUCCCGGCUUGUCGCAGCGGCGAAAAGUUUGCUAACUCUCAUUACCAAGGCAUAUGCCUUGAAAGACUGCUGGCAAUUCAAAUGCGACAUUACAGAUAUGUUGGCAUUCUUCGCUGUACCAGCAGCUGGCGUACUUGCAAUGGAAAUUAUGAAGCGUGAUCAAAUCAACGACCCAAAUGACACAUUUCCUCGCAGCGAGACUGUUCAGCAGAUUUGUGUUCUCGUCAGUGCGUUGGAGGCAGUUAAUCCUGACGAAGGAGGGAACCACGCCUUAUGUGCAAUGGGUCUCUCUGCCAUGAAGAAAGUGCUUGAUCGUUUGCUGUCUAGACCCUUACCCCGACCAAUCGCCUGUGAUAUCAUCCAACCGCCAGUCCAAAUGGACCACUCUUUUGGCGUCUACAUGGACAAUGACGCAGAUUUCCUCCAAUGGAUGGACUCUACCGACUUCGACACAAAUCUAUGGGAUCCGCUACACAUGCAAGGAAACGUGUCCUGA